GUAAGAGAGAAUUAUUAUCCCCUUUCAUUUCAUGCAUUUCUUCUUCCUCAGGCUCCCUCCUUUUGUUUAAAAAAUAUUUUGUGUUAUUUUUGCAGAAAAGAGAAUCUGUUUAAGGACAAGGCCAAAGCAGUGUUGUUUUUUGCUUAGCUAGUAAAAAGAUUAAAUAGACUAAUUGUGGAUAAUAGAGAAUAAUUUUAAAAAAAUGACAGCAAUGGGACUUUAGCCCACCCCAGUUUCCAAUAUGCCGCAGGCCCUGAAGGCUAUUUUUAAUAGGUUUGCAUUUUGUUUUAUUUUUAAUUUUUUUUAUCUCGUGUUCUUAAGGUAUGCAAGAUGCAAAUGCUGUAAAGUUUACACAUCCAACAGUUUGCAAAAGUUUCCUACUUGGUCUAUGUCCAUAUGACUUGUUUCAUAAUACGGUUAGUAAGGAACAAAUCGAGUGCAAGGGAUGAAUAAAAUGGUUUUGGAACAUUCAAAUCAAGUAAGAAACUUGAUUUAGGCAUGUGUAGCAAAUUGCACGAUCCUGCACUCAAAGCUGAUUAUGAACUAGCAGCCAAGGACGAAAAAUAUGACUAUGAAAUUGAGCAAUUGGAUCAAAUCAAACAAUUUGUUGAAGAUUGCGAUCGCAAAGUUUCUGUAAACAAACGCAGACUAGAGGAAACACAGGACCAAGAAACAUUAGGUCCAGAAGCUCAAGCAGUCCAUGAUCUGAAUGAACAAAUUGGUAUAAAGCUGGCUGAAGCAGAAGAGCUAGGAGCUGAUGGAAAAGUGGAAGAGUCUAUGCAAAUGUUAGCUACAGUUGAGCAGCUCAAACAAGAUAAGCGCAAAGCAGAGGACAUAUAUCGAAACACAGUACCAGCAGCAACAAACCAACAGCAAAAACUGAGGGUGUGUGAGAUCUGUGCAGCUUUCUUAAGUUUGUAUGAUAAUGACCGGCGUUUGGCAGAUCAUUUUGGCGGGAGAUUGCAUAUGGGUUUUAUUCGAGUUCGAGAUAGACUGACAGAGCUAGAAGAGACAGUCAGUACAAUGCGAAAAGCUCGUGAGGAAGAGAGGCGCAAACGUCGCGAAGAACGCGAAGAACGAGGAAAAGGCAGAUCGUCUGAUAGGGAUCGAGAUAGAUAUCGCGACAAGGAUCGCGAUCGAGAUCGGGAUAGAAGACGGAGCAGUUACGAUCGUCGCGAUCGCGACAGAGAUCGUGAGAGGGACAGAAAGCGAAGAAGCAGAAGUCGAAGCAAGGACCGGGAACGUAGAAGAAGUCGCAGCAGAGAAAGACGUCGAAGUCGAGACAGGAGUCGUGAGCGGCGACGAGACCGAAGUCGCGGAAAAGAUAAAAGCCGAGACCGAAGUCGAGAAAAAGAUAAAAGUCGUGAUCGUAGUCGUGACAGAAGUCGCGAUCGAGCACGGAUUGGAGACGAAAGCAAAAACGACAAAUUACAAGACCAAAAAUCACCCGAUAUGAACCGAAUGGUGUCAGUUGAAGAGGGCUCCGAAAAACAAACUGUGAAUAAAAUCGAAAAUCUUGACGAAGAAAGUGCGGAGAAUAAAGAUAGCAAUGAACAACAAUUAUUUAAACAAAUAGAUAUGGCAACCGAUGCGAAUUCUAACGAUGUUACGGAUGUACCAACACACACGCCUGCUUUACAAGAAACUAAUGAAAACUCGUUAACGAAUUCCUGAGUGCUCCUGUUACUGAUAUCGACAUAGAACUUUCUAAAGAUGUAUAUAAUUUUCUAAUUUAAAUAUAUACUUAGUAUA